AUGCAGGCAGCUCAGAUGGAGUCAGUGGAAGAGCCCCCAUCGAUGUUGUGGGGACUGGAUCCUAUCUUUUCUACCUUUGCGAAGCUGUAUGUCAGAGAUAUCCUGCAGAUGACAGAAUCCAUACAGGUGCCAGGUAAACUCCUGUUGUAUUUUCAAAGAUAACAUACUUCUGUAUGACCUAGUAAAGACAACUUACAACUUAGCAAACAUAAAUUGUUAUUUUUUCUUUGCAAAUUCAACGCUAACAUUUCCCCCCAUUUUAUCCUUAGUGGUUUUUUUUCUUUCCAUGUCUCACAGAUGUUUACUUCUACAACUCACAUCCAAUCUUUCAAGUUGAUGUACUUGGGACGGUUGUUUACAAGAGAGAAAGAGAUAGCUUCUUCUGCUAUGGAGGUAUUUUCCCUAAAAAACAACAAUACAAUUUUUAUGGUAUAGAAAUGUGUAGUGUGAAUAUGAGCGAGCAAAUCAGUGUCUUUAUGCUUUUGUGUGCAAAUACUUCCUUGUGAAAUAAAUAAUUGUACUUUAUUCAGUAUUAAUCCUUUAGUGAAUGUUAUGGACCCACCAUGGUAGUGGCAGCAGAGUACUCAUAUAGAUGCAUGUUUUUAAUGGUGCAUUGAGAAAACUUAAUUGGCAUUGCUUAUAGUUUUGUUGACAACAAACAAACUGAUAUAAAUGGAAGCAUCUGUUGUGAAAAUGACCUUAAUUAUAAUGGAUAUGACUUACAGACUCAUCAGAAUAGGAGAUCUGCCACACCUGAUUUCUUUUGUCUUUCCUCCUGCUCACAGUGGAUGAUGGUACUGGUGUUAUAAACUGCUUAUGCUGGAAAAAAGACCUUUUGAAAGAGAAGGGAGAUCCUACAAAAUGUGAGUUUAUAAUUGUAUGAUUAUCAGUGCUGCAUACCUUCAUUUUAGGCUCUGUAUUUGCAACUGGAUGAAUUAACCAAAUCCCAAUACACUGACAUUCAAAAAGAUUAAAUCCUGUAUAUUCUGAAGAGUUUAUAGUAUGCUUACUACUUUGUUUCCUAGAUCACUUUGUAGCAUAUCCUUCUAUGCCGAAUUAUUUUAUAAUUUAUGGAGGUCUUCAGCAUUUUUGCAUAACACAGAUAAUUAAGUGUAUAGUUUUAGGGUUAGGGUGAGGGUCCAUCAUAAUGACUAUCAAUGGGGUUUACUUUGAAACACACAGGGCUAUAUGUUUGUUUAGUAACUGUGGAUUCUUGAGGCUUUACAGUAGUGUCAACUGCAUUUCUACAUUAGUCAUUUGGAGAGCAUAGAUGCAUCUCAAUAAAUAAGAAUAUCAUAGAAAGAUUAAUAUUUUUUGUAAUUUAAGGAGAAGAAACUAUAUUCUAGACUUAUUACACAUAAACUAAAAUAUUUCAAGCAUGUUUCUAUUUCAUUUUUUUUAAUUGUAGCCGUAAGCUCAAAAAUGUAAAUUUCUAUUCAAACAGAGUAAAUGCCACGUAUCCUUCAGUGUAGUCUCGAAAAUCCAAACACAACAGGAAAGACUGCUUAUGUGACGGUUGUUCAGAAGACAAUGAUCACCUUCCACAGGGAGGGUAAGCUGUAUGGAAGCGUGUGCAUGGAAAGUUUGGGAAAAAGGUGUGCAAGCAACAGAAAUUACUGAAAGGAUUGUCAAGAAUAGUAGUUUCAAGAACUUGGGAGAGCUUUACACGACAUGGACUUUCAGAGUGCAUCAAGAACAUGGAGGAGAGAGGUUUCAAAAGAGGUCACAUUCCUCAUGUUGAGCAAUUCAAGUAGGCACCUUACCUUGACUAAGAAGAAGAAAAUACUAGACUGAUCCUCAGUGGCCCUUUGCUUAUCUUUCAUUUGGAAAUCAAGGUCCUAGAGCAAUGAUUCGAUUUCCUUUUCCAGCAGGACUUAGCACCUGACCACAAUAUCAAAAAUGCCACGAAAAGAUUUGCUGGCCAUGAGUGUACUGUGUUUAAAGGGGCAGCCUAUUGGCUAGACCACAACCCUACAAAGAAUCUUUAAAGAGAAAAAAGAGGAACAUAUAACCCAAAAACAAAGAUGAGCUGUAGGCUGCUAUUAAAACAGCUAAGGCCUGGAUCAACACCUCAGCAAAUUCACAGCAUUAUUUUCUCUAUGCCACAACACACUGAUGCAGUGAUUUAUUUAAGACACCAUAGGGGGGAGUUGAAUGUGGGCCACUUGUAUACAUAGUGAGCGCCUAAACCCCAAGGUUAUCCGUACCUGUAAAGUACUUUUUUCAUUGGUGAGGCACUGGAUUGUUGGUUUUUAUGAGCUUUAAGCAAAAAUGAUUAAAAUUAAACAAUGAGGGCUAAAAUUAUCUCACUUUACAUGCACAAAAUAAAAAAUAUAUGGGUGUUCAUUUUUCAAUAAAAAUACAGAUUUUUUGAGGAUUUAAACUUUUUGAGAUGCUCCCAUUCACAUGAUAUUAAGUACUUUAAGGGAUAUCCCAGCGUAAAAUACAUUUAGGGUCAAACAAACUGUGACACCCAGUUACAACCCCCCCCCCCCCCCCCCGAGAGAUAAAUGUUGCCGACCGCUUGCUUCUCUAGUUCCAACUUUAGUAACAACCAACCAGUCCAUUACGGACUGCUGUGGGGUGACGCAGCUCAAGGAAGAACAUUUAUGAUCAUUUCUCUAUUAUUUCCUUAAAGCAGUAAUCACCAUAUUAAUCAUUUUGCACUGCGGAUGCGGAAGUCCUUCUGCCUUAGCAUCUCGGUCUGAUUGCAUUUCCAUGAAGAAAUGAUCAUAAAUGUUCUUCCUUGAGCUGCAUCACUCUGCUGUAGUCCAUAAUGGACUGACCCGAGGUCUCGCUACAAACAAGCGGCUGCUGGAAGAGAGUAGGUGAGUUGUGUUUAGUCUCUUUGCUAAAGAAAUUAGGCAAAGUUGAAAAGAUGUUUGGCAGCUAGUGCUAUGGCUGAGACCAUAUAUGUACUGUUGAUGAAGUUAUGUGCUGUUCUGAGCAUUAUUUGUGGCUAUAGAGUGGCAAUUUGGUUGAGGUUUGUUUAUGGCUCCUCAGACUGCUAUGUAUUGCUAUCGUGCAGUCGUUACUAAAGUUGGUAUAACUAGAUACCAGAGGUGUCUAAUUCGGUGUUGCGGUGUGUUUGACCAUAAAUCAAUUUUACGCCGGAAUAUCCCUUUGACUGUGUUUGUCAGACUCUAUAAUGCCAUAUAUAAUAACAUGAUAAUGGAGGGAAUUUUUAACAUCUUUUAACUAUGCUUCAAGAUUAUUAUUUUUUAGUUUAUGGUGGUAAACCCUGUUUCCUUAUCUGAGGGCUGUUUUUCUUCCAGCAGGGGCUAAACACAGCGAUGGGGCUCAGGGAAGCUUUGACCCUGUGGCUGAGCUGGAGAAGCUGAGACAGGCCCAGAAGAAUCGCUGUCACCUGGAUAUCGGAGAUCUGCUUCGAGUCAGAGGACCGGUAAAGACAUACAGGCAGCAGAGAGAAAUCACAGCCCAUGUCUACUGUGAGUACAAACUCCCGUCCUCUGCAGGCUGUAAGAGCAAUGUGAUAUUCAGUGAACCAUUUACAGUCACUCACUUUCCCUCUGUGUUGUACAAGAGGUAGAGUAACUAAACACUUCAGGCCUGGUUCUACAAAACUGGACCCAUUUAGCAUAUGAUGUGCUCAUUGCUCUUGUACAAACACCUUAUAGAAACAGGUCUGGAUAAAAUGUGAUGGAGUACAAACAUUUCAAUGACGGCUCCUUUAAAAUGAAAAAUGCUCUAAAGCAACCUGCACUGAGUCACACAGACCCACACACAUUUGAAAUCUCUGGCAAGGACAUUCUUUAUCUUAGCUCUGCAGUCUCACUUUAUGAUGGCCUACACAUGUCCCCCUUUCUCACUCACACAACCACACACAGGCCAUUUUUAUUUCGGAGUACCUUCCAUCUAUAACCUCUGUCCAUUCAUCAUGUGUACAUGUGUCUCUGUGUGUUCCCAGAUAAAGUCAACGACCCAGUGAUGGCUGUCCAGAUAGCGUGGAUGAUGGAGGUUCCUCAACUUUACAGACAGUGCUAUGACAAACCAAUCCUGCAGCAACCUGAUGAAAUGGGGUAAGAACACUCCCUCUUUACUGUAAUAUAAGGUUGCAACUUAGAAGUCAGAUUUCACUUAAGUUUUUUUUUCUACCAUUUUGAGUUCUAUUUCCGCUGUUCAUUUCCUUUUCUUAUCAAGGAAUGAGCUUACAUGAACACAUUUUCUCUUUGAUUGAACAAACAAUUCAUUGAAUUUUAUUGCAGUGAGAAGGUGAACGUGAAAAAUGUACGUAUAUCACAACAUAUUUGACUGUAACAGAGUAAAAACUCAAUAUGUAGACUAGGUAAUAGAGAAUGAAAAUAGAGAAUAAAAUAGAGGUACUCUCAGUUAUCAGCCAAGGUAAAUUUUAACAUGAGGACAUAUUAUAUUAAAGACUGAUUCUCCAUUUGUUGUUGCAGUGACUCAAGCUUCACUCUCCUCAGCAAGGCAACAAAUGUCAUCAAAGAUUUUGUCAAGCAGAAAAUGGCGAGCAAGGUCAGACCCUAUGAUGUUAUGGACCUCCUGCAUCCUCUGUUCCCUGUCCACUCUCAAACAGCUUCAGAAGACCAGGUGAGCUAGAAUAAAGGUUUUUUUGAAGGUGUGUGAUGGUGGGAUCAAAUGUCAGACCGUAUUGAAGUGCACUUAGGAGAGGCUCAUGACUGGAAUAAAGGAAUACAAAUAUGUUUUGAAAUGUAUUUUACUUAUUACUUAUAAUAAAGUCUUAGGUUAUUGGUCAUGUUAGGUGGUCAUUGGCCCUUUUUUAUUUUGUGAGUUGGUGAGAGCCCAAUGAGGAAAUCAUGCUGUCAACAACACCUUUGUACUUCCACACUGAUCCCACUACAGGAUAAUCCCAGGGUGUGUUUUCACUAUCUGUUACAGUGUUGUGAAAGCACUUGAGUUAAUCACAUAGCAGGGCUUUGGAAGGCUGUUUGCACUGAAACAUGCUUAAGAGAAAAAAGUUAACUUUUGUUUCCUUUUGGAGUUUCCAAACUGGGUCCAAGAGAGCAGUCUUUUGGAAAUGUGACCCAUUUUUUUUUUUACCAAUACCCACAUCCUGUGAAAAUAGUGACUCACAGCCAUUGCUGCACAUAAUCAUAAAAUUAGCAAACCCCACGCAGCAAAGUGCAAUAUGUAGACUGUCAGGGGCUGCAGCUAUUUGAAAAAGAUAAAAUGUAUUAUUGAAGCAUUAUGAUCAAGUACUGUUGCACUGCUGCAGAAACAUUCUGGUCCUAAAAUCUUUGUCGCCCAGAUGUGUGGCAACUACUAUAAAAGACCCCCACUAUAAACUCAAAGUAUCACCAAAUGCAGUAUUAUUUCAGUUUAUUAAUAUCUGUUAAUACUUGUAUAUUGUGACAGCCCUACUUGAUACAGACUUCCAAAAAUCUCAUCAUGAAUGUCUUAUUUUUUACAAUCACAAAGUAAAUUAAGAUGCAAAAUUUAAUCAUCCACACACAGGUGAAGUAAACCACAAUUGCAAUUUCUUAAAAAAUAAUCAUAAUCCACCUCUGUUACUACCUCUGAUGCCUCAACAGCAGAGAGACGACUUGGUUCCACUGUGGCAUUUACUGAAGGCCAAAUCUUACAGGAGCAUAAAUAUCAUGAAAAGUGCUUAAACAGAAGUCAGCUCAGUACUGUUUUAUUAUGAUGUUUCUCUGUUGCUGUUCAGAGGCCUGUGGCUGGACCAUCUUCAUUCCAGCGUCUACGCCAGCUCGUCCAGGAGACCCUUCAAGUUUUACAGGAUGAAGGCAUUUUGUACCGCAAAGUCAGAUCCCAGGAUGAAGUCUAUCAUGUGAGAAGCAUCAGAGAAAUGUUAUAACUCUUUUUUUACACAUCAGAGAGCUGGCAUUUUGGAUGUAUGUCUGUCGGACUCUGUGAUCAACAGGUGACUGCAGAGGAUACAGAUCUCCUCAUAGCUGUCAAAGACAUUAUCAGGGAGGACUCAAAGAGGGAGCAUUGUAAGGAGACUUCUGUUUUGCUUUAUACAAUAAGACUUUCGAUGUUAAACUGCUGUUGGUAGUACUAAGCAACAUAUCUUCCAUUAACCAAGGCGACUGCACCGAGUGGCAGCUGUGCAGCUUAGACACACUAGAUGACUGAGUUUUCAGGCCAAAAAUGAUAAAAAUAUUAACAACUAGUCAAACUGGUUCUGGAGCCAACUUGCGAGGGUGAAGACAGUACAGCACUUGAGCUGUCCAUCUUUAGAUGAAUUUUGCAGGAAAAGGGCUGAAUGUGAUUGAUUAGAUUUUAGAAAUGACCUAUGGAAGCUUUAUCUUGUUUAUGAAGAUUAAUCACACCUGUAAACAAUUAAAAUCGCCCAAACAAUUAACGUUUCAUUUUCAGUGCUUAAAUUAAAAAACAAAUCAUUAAAUAUUUGUACAAUUAAUCACUUCUACAAGAAUUUAAAUGACAAAAAGAUUGAGAAAAUGAAUCCCACAAAAGUCUAUAUAACCUCCUAAUGCUCAUUUACCUCCCGUGUGUUGACUUUGGUUUCCUUUUUUAUGUAUUUACAGUUGCAGAGAAGGGCUGUCAUGUCCUGCACAUCCUAACUGCGGUCAGACACAGCUACAGCCUCAAUGUGACAAAAGCUGCCCUGGAGGUGAUCCUCAGAAAACUGGAGUGCAACAGUGAAAUCGUCAGCACCAGGGACAACUAUUAUACUGCGUUUUAA